CGGCCUGAGGGUGGCAGUAACGCUUCCGCCUGCAGACAGGAAGUCGGACAAACCGGAAAAAGAAGUUGAAACAUGGCGCCCGCCAAGAAGCGCAACGUGAAGCUCGCUAACUCAUCACAAGCAAGUCCGAAAAAGACGAAAAUUGACCUCAGCAGCAAAGUCGAGGGAAUACUCGAGAGCAGAAAGAACGCCAAUGACGUUUUCGACAUAUUCGAGUUCCUCCAGUCCGAAGAAGAGAAGGACGUCGUCCAGGCCGUCGACGCCUGCGGUCAUUUGUUUUGCCAGCUGCUGGAGACCAGACGGCUGUACAGAGGCAAAUUACCAGAAGAAGAGGAGGCGCUGAAAGGUCCACACAGUGCGGAGGACAAGUACCACAUCUUCAUGCGACACCGUUACCACAGCUGCGUGGAGAUGCUGCUGGAACACCUCAGUCACGAACUCCAUGGCGUGCAGGAAGUUUCCCUGUGCUGCCUCAUGAAGUUUGCGGCGGGACAAGGACAGCAUCCCUUGGAGGACUUGGACUGGAGUCAACAUUUUAGUUUCCCGGUUAAACUCCUGCAGGCGGUGGUGGAUAGACUCCUCUCCCGGACCGCGGACCAGUCUCUGCUGAUCUCCAGGUUCCAGGAGUUCCUGGAGAAGGACGACGUGCGCUAUUACAUCAUGGGCUGCAUCAGGCAGAACUUGGUCCGAGUCAUGGACCACAGCAAAGGAAAAGACAUGGCCGCCUAUCUCAACAAUGUCUUCAGCCUCAUGUGCAACAUCAGCAUGCCCAAGAAGGAGGCGGAGCUCUGCAACUUCAUGCUCCCACAGGAAGCCAAACACGAAGACUGGAAAGCAACCAAACUCAACGAACACAAGAGAAACUUUGAGUGGAUGUGGCUGGGCCUGCUCAAGUAUAAGUUACCAAGUAGCAUGUACAAAAAGAUCCUGGUCAUCCUCCACGACUCCAUCCUGCCACACCUGAGAACGCCCACGCUGAUGAUCGACUUCCUCACUGCAGCCUACGAUGUUGGUGGCGCCAUCAGCCUGUUGGCUCUGAACGCACUGUUUGUCCUCAUGCAUCAACACAACCUAGAUUAUCCUGACUUCUACAAGAAACUGUAUAACCUUCUGGAGCCCUCCAUCUUCCACGUCAAGUACCGAGCGCGUUUUUUUCACCUGCUGGAUCUCUUCUUGACUUCCAGUCACCUGCCGCUCUACCUGGUGGCCGCCUUCGCCAAGCGCCUGGCCCGCCUGGCCCUCCUGGCUCCGCCCACGGCGCUCCUCAUCCUGCUGCCCUUCAUCGCCAACCUGGUGCGUCGCCACCCUUCGUGCCGCGUCCUCCUCCACAAGCCCGGCGCAGACGACGAAGCCGUGGAAGACCCUUUCGUGAUGGAGGAGGAAGAACCCGCCCAGUGCGGCGCUCUGGACAGCAGCCUGUGGGAGAUCAAGACGCUGCAGAGACACUACCAUCCCGACGUGGCCAAAGCCGCCAUGUUGUUUAACACGCCGCUGUCAGGGGGAGAGGAUGACAUCAACCGGCUGUUGGAGACCACCACGUACCAGCUGAUGGAGAAAGACCUGAAGGUGUCCUCCAAGAAGGUCCCGCUGGAGUUCGAAGGUGCCACACGGCUGCUGGACGCAGACAAAGAUGUACUGGGACGACUCUUCUGUCUGCACUGAAGACAGCCUUGGUAUUCAUCAUUAUUAUUAUUAUUAUUAAAAUCAGUUUGAUGUUUAAUCAGAUUAUUUGAUUAUUGCAACCAAAUAGUUUCCACAUAAUGUUUUGUAACACACGGUCUCCAAACUUUUUACACCGAGAAAUCAAAACAUGCAGGGAAAUUUUUUUGAUAUUUUUUAUUUAAAAAAAACAAAACACUAUGAACAGAUUUUUUUUUUUAUCUUUCGGGCUGCCCUCAUUGUUUCUGUUGUAAAAAUGUUUUUUCACUCCAUGCUUAAAUCUCCAGAUCAACUUCAGGUCUUUAUGUUGAUUUAAAAGGGAACAUUAUCACCAGACCUAUGUAAGCGUCAAUAUAUACCUUGACGUUGCAGAAAAAAAGACCAUGUGUUUUUUUAACCGAUUUCCGAACUCUAAAUGGGUGAAUUUUGGCGAAUUAAACGCCUUUCUAUCUAUCUAUCGCUCUCGGAGCGAUUACGUCAGAACGUGACGUCACCUAGGUAAUAAAGCCGCCAUUUUCUCAUACACAUUACAAACACCGUGUCUCAGCUCUGUUAUUUUCCUUUUUUUCGACUAUUUUCCGUACCUUGGUGACAUCAUGCCUCGUCGGUGUGUUGUCGGAGGGUGUAACAACACUAACAGGGAGGGAUUCAAGUUGCACCACUGGUCCGAAGAUGCGAAAGUGGCAAGAAAUUGGACGAAAUUUGUUCAAAAUACGAGGGUGUGGGGAAAACCGACAAAAUGGUCAGUCGUUUGUUCCGCACAAUUUACCGACGAAAGCAAUGCUACUACAGAGAUGGCAAGAUUGUGUGGAUAUCCUGCGACACUCAAAGCAGAUGCAUUUCCAACGAUAAAGUCAACAAAAUCACAAAGGUGAGUUUUGUUGAUGUUGUUGACUUAUGUGCUAAUCAGACAUAUUUGGUCGCAGCAUGACUGCCAGCUAAUCGAUGCUAACAUGCUAUUUAGGCUAGCUGUAUGUACAUUUGUAACUAUAUUUACAUCCAGCGUUUCCUUCCACCCACAUUUAAUGCCAAACAAACACUUACCAAUCGAUGGGUUUAAGUUGAUCCAGUGUCACAAGAUGCGAAACUUCCCAUCGUUGGUCUGCACAUUUUACCCGCGAUGGUAAGGCAAACAUGGCCGAAUAGCGUCAACAGCUAUUCGCUCAAUAGCUUCAGUUUCUUCUUCAAUUUCGUUUUCGUUAUCUGCCUCCAUACUCCAACCAUCCGUUUCAAUACAUGCGUAAUCUGUUGAAUCGCUUAAGCCGCUGAAAUCCGAGUCUGAAUCCGAGCUAAUGUUGCUAUAUCUUGCUGUGCUAUCCGUAUUGGCAUCCCUGGAUGACGUCACAAGAAAAUGGACGAUGGCUUCACAGAUAGCGAAAAUCAGGCACUUUAAAGCUUUUUUUAGGGAUAUUCCGGGAUGGGUAAAAUUUUGAAAAAAAAUUCAAAAAAUAAAAUAAGCCACUGGGAACUGAUUUUUAUUAGUUUUAACCCUUCUGAAACUGUGAUAAUGUUCCCCUUUAAUGUAGAGUGUAGUUUCCUAAUGAAGCCUUAGCUUGCUGCGGCAACGACAGACAAAACAGAACAGGCAGUGUUUUACUUAACCCUUUGUUAGGCCAUGAAGUAGAAAACACGCCAAUUGAGUGUCAGUGUUUCUCCAAUAAUCAUAAUCAAAUACAUGUAGACAUCAAAUCCCUUUUAACUCUUUUUAAACUGUAAAUAAUAAUAAAUUCAUUUAUCAGCAAUUAAAUCAAGUAUGCAAAUUAUGAAUGACCAUCAAACCUAUAUGUUACAUAGUAUUAUGUCUUUAUUUGUUGUAUUUUAUACUUUCUGAAUAAAUGAUGUGAUAAUGUUCA